UCGAAAAGACAAUAACAUUGGAAAGACUGUUGUUCUCAUUAAUUUGAGAAUAUUAUUAAUCGUCUUAAUUUUAUAUUCUAAUUGUUACCCUGUGCCUUUAAUUGAUUAAUUAGUUGAUUGGUUAGCUGAUUAAUUAACCAACGUAGAGAUGAAUUUCUUUAGAAAACCCAGUCCUCAAGAGCAAAUGAAAGCCCAACAAAAGGACCUUAGGAAAGCGGCUCGAGAUGUUGAUCGAAGCAAAAGAGAAAUGGAAAGACAAGAGAAACAAUUGGAAAUCGAUAUUAAAAAAGCAGCUAAAGAAGGAAAUAAACAAGCGUGUAACAUUUUGGCUAAACAAUUAGUACAAUUAAGGAAACAGAAAAGUAGAUGUUUAGUCGCUAAUUCCCAGAUCGGAGCGAUAAGUAAUCAGAGCAAAGUGAUGCAGGCCAAUACAAAGCUCGCCGGGGCAAUGGCCACUUCGGCCAAGACUCUUGCUAAUGUAAACGCUCAAACCAAUACUGGACAGAUCAUUAAGACUAUGCAAGAUUUUGAGAGAGAAAAUACAAAAAUGGAAAUGAAAGAGGAAUUGAUCGAUGAAACUUUGAAUGCGAUCCUAGACAAUUCUGGCGAUGAAGCUGAAGAAGAUGCAGUUAUCAGUCAAGUUCUCGAUGAGAUUGGUAUCGAAAUCACCGGAAAGCUUGCCGAAGCUCCGGUUGCUAGAGGAGCCAUUGGAGCGGGUUCAUCGAAGGCCAAAGAUAAACAAAUGACGGAUGAAGAACUCGAAGCUCAAUUAGCUCGACUUAAGACAUAAGACAUAAGAUCAAUUAAUCUCUUUCUCUUUCUCUUUCUCUCAUUCCGUAAUCUAAUCAACAUCAACAUCAACAUCUAAAUUAAAUCUCUAAAAGAAACUAAUCACCUUAAUGGCGAUCAUAUUUUGAGAAACACUCGAUGUCAUAAAUUCAACUGUUUUCGUUGACAUAACUGAUAGAAACUCUUAUAUUUUGAUUAAAUUUCAUUUGUCAUCAUGAAA